GUCUUUCUCUCUUUCUCUUCCCUCUCUUCUCUCUCCCGCGAGGCUUGGGGCCAGCUCCGAUUCUUCGCUUUCACUGCUCGAACAGACACGGUUUCUUCUUCAAUCAUCUCUCUUCUUCCUCACCAACUCUCUCUCUCUCUCUCUCUCUCUCUCCCACACACACCACCAGCUGCUCAAUCAUUGCUUCCUUUAGAUCUACCCCGAUUCUUGUUACUGUUCCAGUCACGAACCCUGCUGUUGUUAAGUUUGAUCUGAUCUGAGCGUUGCCUGCGAUUCCAUCGAGGAUGGCGACGGCGAAGAUGGCUCGAUCGCGGGGGACGCCGGUGAAGGAGAAUGGCGCCAAGCUGGAGGAAGGGCUUACCGUCUUCAAGUCCGAUAAGUUCGACGCCGAUGCUUACGUCCAGUCCAACUGCGCCCUCAACGAGAAGGAAAUAAGACAGUUAUGCUCCUACCUCUUGGACCUCAAGAAAGCUUCUGCUGAGGAAAUGCGGAGAAGUGUUUAUGCUAAUUAUACAGCAUUCAUAAAAACAUCCAAAGAGAUAUCAGAUUUAGAGGGGGAGCUUCUGUCUAUUAGGAACCUGCUGUCGACUCAAGCUACCUUAAUUCAUGGAUUAGCUGAUGGGGUUCAUAUCGAGUCCUCAUCUACCAACUUGCAUGAAGACUCAACUGAAAAUGUUCACUCAGAUUUUGAAGAUAGAGAUCCUUCAGAUUUGGAGAGGUGGUCAGUAGAAUUUCCUGAUCUUCUUGAUGUUUUGUUAGCUGAGAGGAGAAUCGAUGAAGCUCUGUCAGCCCUUGAUGGGGGAGACCGUAUCGUUGCUGAAUCAAAAGAAACAAAAGCUCUGAGCACAACUUUACUUGCUUCACUACAGACAGCUAUAACUGAACGUAGAAACAAAUUAGCAGAUCAGCUUGCUGAAUCUGCUUGCCAACCUUCAACCCGUGGUAGCGAACUUCGCUCUGCAAUAUCUGCUCUCAAGAAACUUGGGGAUGGACCUCGAGCUCACACUUUGCUUCUUAAUGCGCAUUUUCAAAGGUAUCAGUAUAACAUGCAAACCCUUCGUCCAUCAAGCACCUCUUAUGGAGGGGCAUAUACAGCUGCCCUGUCCCAGCUGGUAUUUUCUGCUAUUGCACUAGCUGCCAGUGAUUCUUUAUCCAUUUUUGGCAAGGAGCCAGCUUAUACUUCUGAGCUUGUGAUGUGGGCAACAAAGCAAGUAGAAGCUUUUGCUCUUCUUGUUAAAAGACAUGCACUGUCUUCAUCAGCAGCUGCUGGAGGUCUACGAGCUGCUGCAGAAUGUGUUCAAAUUGCUUUAGGACAUUGUUCAUUGCUGGAAGCUCGUGGCCUUGCCCUUUGCCCCACCCUCCUAAAGCUGUUCAGGCCUAGUGUUGAGCAGGCAUUAGAGGCUAACUUGAAAAGGAUUGAGGAGAGCACUGCUGCUCUAGCCGCUGCUGAUGAUUGGGUUCUAACUUACCCUCCUACUCCCACACGCCAAUCUGGCAGGCUUUUGAGUGCUUCUGUUGGGAACACUACUGCAUUUCAACAUAGACUCACCAGUAGUGCACAUCGGUUCAAUUUAAUGGUCCAGGAUUUCUUUGAGGAUGUGGGACCAUUAUUAAGUAUGCAAUUGGGAGGUCAAACACUGGAAGGUCUGUUUCAGGUAUUUAACUCCUAUGUGAACAUGCUCAUAAAAGCUUUACCUGGUUCAAUGGAGGACGAAGCAAAUUUUGAAGGUUCUGGGAAUAAGAUUGUACGGUUGGCUGAGACUGAAGCUCAGCAGAUAGCUUUGCUGGCAAAUGCAUCAUUAUUGGCAGAUGAGCUACUCCCCCGUGCAGCUAUGAAGCUUUCUCCACUGAGUCAGUCUCAUUAUAAGGAUGAUUUACAGAGAAGACCAGCAGAUAGACAAAAUCGUCAUCCUGAACAAAGAGAAUGGAAGAGGCGGCUUGUGAGCUCAGUUGAUAGACUAAAAGACACUUUCUGUCGGCAACAUGCUCUGGAUCUUAUUUUCACUGAGGACGGUGACAGCCAUCUUACUGCAGAUAUGUACAUAAAUAUGGAUGGAAAUGCAGAUGAGAUCGACUGGUUCCCUUCUCUACUGUUCCAGGAGCUGUUUGCAAAAUUGACAAGGAUGGCCAGUAUGGCUGCAGAUAUGUUUGUAGGCAGGGAACGGUUUGCCACGUUGUUAUUGAUGAGACUAACAGAAACUGUCAUCCUCUGGCUCUCUGAAGACCAAAGCUUUUGGGAUGACAUUGAAGAAGGGCCAAGACCUUUAGGUCCUGUUGGUCUGCAGCAGUUUUAUUUGGAUAUGAAAUUUGUCAUGUGCUUUGCCUCCCAAGGACGAUAUUUGUCACGGAAUUUGCAUAGAGUUGUCAAUGAGAUCAUAUCAAAAGCCAUUGCAGCAUUUUCUGCUACAGGAAUGGAUCCAUACAGCGUGCUACCUGAAGAUGAGUGGUUCAAUGACGUUUGUCAGGAUGCAAUUGGUAGACUGAGUGGAAAACCUAGAGCCAUCAACGGAGACAGAGAACUUAACAGCCCGACCGCCUCUGUUUCAGCACAGUCAAUCUCAUCAGUUAGGUCUCACGGGAGUUCUUGAACGCACUUGUCUCAGAUCUGUAAAUUAGAAAGAAAAGGGAAAAUUAGGUUGUGUGAUGCAAAUUCUUGUGUCAAUAGUUCAGCAAAUUUUUGCCUCGCCAUUUUUCAUUUGAUUUCGUUGCAGUAGUGUUCUCUUUAGUUGUAGAGCAUGACCUAUGAUACUAUGGUUAGGGAGUCUUUCCUCUGGGUGAGUGAGAUCCUGACAUUGUAAAUGUUUAUUUGCUUUCUUAUCACAAUUUUGUUGUUCUUU